GAUGGAGGGCAGGAAGUAAACAUGGAGAAUACGUCUAUAGAGGAAACCGUUGCAGAAAGUCAGUAUUGUACGGAUUUAGAUCCAGUUUCAAGAUAUAGAUACAAGGAGUUAAUUAACAGAUAUGUUGGACGUGACCCGUACCUCAUGAAGAUGAGUGAGUUUUCAGUAGAACUGAAAGAUUUACCGACAGUUGAGGCUGUUGACAUCACCAACUAUCUGGUCCUUCAGACAUCGUACUACACCAGACAGCAAAUGAAGGCCUACAAAAGUAUGGAGGCAUACAACUUUUUUGUCAACGGAUGGGUCCACAACCUCGGUGUCAAACGGCUCCACGAUGAUCAUCGUUUGGUCUUCGCCAGAGUAAACCACUCUCAGAGGUCAAGCGAAACACCUCUGAAGACCUGGAUUAUUGCGAAGGAGGUUGGAGAAGUCAUUGCAGCUCAUUGCAAUUGCAUGGCAGGACUAUCAGAAUCGUGUUCUCAUGUAGGGGCAGUUCUUUUUUCCAUUGAAGUUGGGGUAAAGAUGCGAGAUUCCGCUUCCUGCACAACAGAGCAGUGCAAGUGGCUGAUGCCAUCACAUGUAAAAAAGAUUCCUGCUGCUCCAGUAGCUCUGAUUGACUUCUCCUCAGCAAAAGCAAAAAAAAUAAAGCUUGACCGUUCCAUUGAUGGCAGGACAACUGACAACAAGUUAUGGAUGCAAACAUGAAGCACAAGCAAGAGGAGCAUAUGAGAAGCUGAUGGUUCGGGAGCAUGCAGGCUUCUCCUGUAUGGACAGUGGUCUCUGGCUGAACCCCAAGUGGCCAUACAUGGGGUCCUCCCCUGAUGGGA